GCGUAUGAAGCUUUGAAGAUUCCCGGCGAAGUGUUGAACCGGUCAGAGUUGGACCCUUGUAUUCUGACCUCGCACCCUCUCCAUAUUUUCCACAUAAUUUCUCGCUUGCAUCGUCUAUUCUUCUUCCCACCUUCUUUUUCAUUCAUAUUUGCUUUACCAACCAACUCUCUUUCUUCUCCUUAAAUUUAUAUCUAUCUACAUCUCUCUUUGAUCAUUGGCUCACUUCUUCUCUUCACAUUUUGUUGAGCUUUGCGUAUGGAGAGGGAGACCAUGGAUAGAGAGCAAAACAUUCUCAUCAGUGAACUGAUCCAAGGGAAGAAGCUAACCGAGCAGCUUAGUAACCAUCUUAACCCUUCUUCAUCGCCCAAAACUCGACAACUCUUAAUCAAACAAAUUCUUUCUACUUAUGAAAAAGCGCUUUCAGUCUUAGAAUUACCGUGUUGCUUUCCCAACUGUAGCCCAACGAGUGAGGCUGCUGAUCAAGAUUGUAAAGAUCAAUGUCAAAGCAAAGAUAUUGUCUAUAAGAAGAGAAAGACAAUGGCCCGGUGGACUGAACAAGUAAAGGUUUUCUCCCAGAAUGGAUUAGAAUCUAUUGAUGAUGGUUACUGCUGGAGAAAAUACGGACAGAAGGAUAUUCUUGGUGCUAGUUAUCCAAGAGGGUAUUAUAGGUGCACUCAUCGUCAUGCACAAGGCUGUUUGGCCACAAAACUUGUUCAAAGGUCCGACGACGAUCCCACCAUCUUUCAGGUGACCUAUCGGGGAAGACAUACAUGCACCCAAAACACUCAUCUAGCCAGCGCCUCCGCUUCAUCGACGAAGGAAGGGGCCAAAAAUAAACAGAACCGUUAUCGUCAUCAACAGCAACCAGAAGAUCAAGUGAAACGAUCACAAGAGUUGAAUGUAAAUUUCGGAACAUCAGAGCUUAAAGUUAAGACUGAGGACUUGGACAACAGGGAGGAAAUUUUUCCUGUAUUUUCUUUUCCACAAACGUCAAUUACUGGAAGCGAAAGUACGGAGCACCAUAUUUUCAUAGAGUCCAUGAUGGAAACGGAAAACAAUUUCAUGGGGAGUUUUUCUCCGUCAUUUUUAUCGCCAGCAACUUCUGAAUCCAACUAUUUUUCAUUGUCACCAUGCCACAUGAACGACAGCUUUGGAUUAGACCAAACUGUGCAUACUUCAGAAUCUGGAAUCUCUGAGAUAAUUUCAGCUCCAAAUUCAGUCACAAAUUCACCAGUAGGGGUUUUUGAUUUCUCGCUUAUUAAGGUGGAUUUGGACCCAAAUUUCCCCUUGGACAACUUAGACUACUUCUCCUGAUAUGAUUUGGUAGCUUUUUUUUUUUUUUUUUUUUUUUUUUAACUUUUGAUCUCCACGCUCCAGUGUACCUAGUUAAUCAGCAACGAUUUCAUUACAAGUUCUAGAAAUCUAGGCACAAAAUUGCAAUCUUGUACCUUGUAAACUUUCUUUAUUUUAAGCUAGAGAUAUAUAUAUAUUGUCAAGUCAA